GCUGUUUCUUCACGACACACAGGAAGUUGAAUAAUCAGCUGAUAGUGGUGGUGUUUUGUUGGAAGUUGCCGUUGUUUGUGAAGUGUUUAUAUUCCUUUCUCUUCAAUUCACGAUAAAGACACAACAAACGAAAAAAGGAAUUCGAUGGACAUUUAAUUAUUAGUGAUGUUAUGAAAAUUAGCUAAGUGACUCACUGUUACAAUUUCAAUUCAUAGCUAGCUAGAUUGCUGUUGAAUCCUCGGGAAGAAAGAAAACAGCAACGUAACGUCAGUCAACGGGUUUGAGACGUUCUUUGUUUUUGUUUUGUCAGACAGAAUUGCAGUAUUUGGUUUCUUCUUUUUGAACAUCGUUUUAUAUUUAUUUAUAAUUGUGCGUGGAUUUUGAUAACAAUAACUAUACAGGAGAGCUAGCUAGCAUAGCUACAAGUCGCCGAUAAUUGUUGUCAAGCUCCUGAGUUGUCUAAUCAGAAGCGAGACAACAGAGCUGUUUAGAUAGUGACGAGUGUGGAAAGAUUUCAGACUAGCUAGCUAGCUAGUUGUGGUAGUUAGCUCAACUGCGACCUGUUGGUAGAGUUAUAUGUCAUCCACCAACCUGUAAUUCUCAGUUAGCUUUGUGUGCAAUUUAGCAAGUUUGUUGCGCAAUUCCUGAAUGCCAACGUUGUCAGCAGGGAUCGCUGGUCCAAAAGUAUGGUAACAGCAAUGUGUCGUAACUAAGUGUUGGAGUGUCUUGGCCUCUGAGAAGGUGUCAUUUGUCCCACUGUUAAUAUAUUUCAGGGUGUUUUAUGUAAACCCGUAUUGUGUAUGCCUAUGAAUUAAGUAUUAUUUUAUUGUGUUAAUAGCUUCAUGUUGUGUAGAAACCGUGCAAUUGAAAAGGAGUGAUUUAAGAAGAGAAGGAUCAGGCAGUCUAAUAUUAAACAACGGUCCAGUUCUGGCACAGGCACAGAACCUCCUUGAAAAUCCUUCUCCCUACUUGCCAAUGCUGGAUCUGGAAGUUGUUCCUGAAAGAUCUUUAGGACAUGAGCAAUGGGAAUUCGCAUUAGGGAUGCCAUUGGCCCAGGCCAUUUCCAUUUUACAGAAACACUGCCGCAUCAUCAAGAAUGUCCAGGUUCUCUACAGUGAACAAAUGCCACUCAGUCAUGACCUCAUACUCAACUUGACUCAGGAUGGAAUUAAACUGCUGUUUGAUGCCUGUAACCAGAGACUGAAGGUGAUUGAAGUAUACGACUUGAGCAAAGUGAAAUUGAAAUACUGUGGAGUACAUUUCAACACUCAGGCUAUAGCACCCACUAUAGAGCAGAUUGACCAGUCCUUUGGUGCCACACACCCUGGAGUAUACAAUGCUGCAGAGCAACUGUUCCACUUGAACUUUCGGGGACUCUCCUUCUCCUUCCAGCUUGACUCAUGGAAUGAAGCUCCCAAGUAUGAGCCUAACUUUGCCCAUGGCUUGGCCUCCCUGCAGAUUCCGCACGGGGCCACAGUGAAACGGAUGUACAUCUAUACUGGGAACAACCUACAGGACACCAAGGCUCCAGUGAUGCCCCUUGCCUGUUUCCUUGGCAACGUGUAUGCAGAGUGUGUGGACGUGCUGAAGAAUGGUGCGGGACCACUUGGUCUGAGACUUCGCAUCCUCACUGCAGGCUGCGGGCCAGGGGUGAUGGCUGAUGCUAAGGUGCGUGCUGUGGAGAGGAACAUCUACUUUGGAGACUCCUGUCAAGAUGUGCUGAGCGCUCUGGGCUCGCCACACAAGGUCUUCUACAAGUCAGAGGACAAGAUGAAGAUCCACUCUCCGUCGCCUCACAAGCAGGUCCCGUCCAAAUGCAAUGACUACUUCUUCAACUACUUCACCCUGGGGGUGGACAUACUCUUUGAUUCCACCACUCACCUGGUGAAGAAGUUUGUCCUUCAUACCAACUUCCCUGGUCAUUACAAUUUCAACAUAUAUCAUCGAUGCGAUUUCAAGAUUCCACUUGUCAUUAAGAAAGAAGCUGCUGAUGCUCAGUGGGAGGACUGCAUUCUCACUACCUACAGCAAGUGGGAUCAGAUUCAGGAGCUGCUUGGACACCCCAUGGAGAAGCCUGUCGUGCUCCACAGGUCAUCCUCGGCAAAUAAUACCAAUCCCUUCGGCUCUACGUUCUGUUUUGGACUACAGCGAAUGAUCUUUGAGGUGAUGCAGAACAACCACAUAGCUUCAGUGACUCUGUACGGUGCCCCCAGACCCAGCAGCCGGGUCCGAGCCGAGGCCAGCGCCCACUGAACAGCAUCCUACUGCCAACCCAGGCUUGGCCUGAGGGCUGUCUCUCCCCUCCUCCAGUCCACGCCACAGCACCCCUAGGCUGAUCAGAGCAGUGUACUCUGUCUCACUCAAUCUCUCACCCACUGCCAUGUUCACACCAGAGAGGAGCUCCUCUGGACCCAUCUGCCCCACUCUGACAGGCACCUCAUCCAGAGGCCUGCUAGGAGCCUUACGUCAGUCUUCAUCCCACCCCCCUCCCACCUCUGACUUACCCUGUCCCAAUGGUCUUCAUCAUCAAAACACUCAUUAGAUGUGUUUCAUCAAAACACUCAUUAGAUGUGUUUCAUCAGUGCACAUUUGUAUGCCGGCAUGCACAAACACAUGCUCACCUGCAUACACAAAUGAGCACCUGCGUGCAUGCUACAGUUUUUAAAAUGACUUAAUACAUGCUUGACAUGCACACAUAUAUCAGAAACUGAUACCAAAAUCAUUUCAAUCCUUUCUCCACUAUAUGUUCACGUUACCUGUUAAUACACAUGCAUAUGGAUGCAGGCUCAUCUCAUAUCUGCAGCACUAGCAUAACAAGUACACCAUUACAUACACAGACAGUUACAGAAACAAACAUGCAUGCACACAGACAAAUGCAUGAAUAGAGAAGUUGUUGUUUUUAAAAGGAGAGUGGUAAAAGAUGACUAGCACAAACUGGCCUCCCCAUGGAGGGUCCUAGUGCUCUGCAUGCUUUGAGGGGGAACUGUCUUGGCACAUGAUCAAACACAGACACACAUAUACUGGUCCACAUACACCACACACACACAUUCAUACAUUAAUGUCAUGAACAAGUCCUCAGCAUAAGCCACCUCCUAUUGCAAGGCCGUAAAUCACUACCUGCAUUUGUAGUUAGUUAGUUUUGUGUUUAUUUGCCAGGAUCGAUGGAAACAUUUGAACAUUUGCACUAAGAUACACCAUAUUUACUUUCUUGUUGUUUCCUAUCCAGUGAGGAGUAUUGUGCAUUUUAUUUCUAUUAGUGAUGGCAGAGGAAAGGCUCCAGCUCCUCUAUCCCAUGACUGACUUCCUUUCCUUCCACAUGUACACUAUCCCCUCCACUGUCCACUGCUACCCCUGUCUUUACAGCCUUCCUCCCCAUGCUAUCUCAUGAUUUCUCUCUUUCUCCCUCCAUCUCUCUCUCUUCACAGGAGAUACCCAAAUGAAUCCCUCAGAUUUACUUCAUCAUUGCUAUCAUUUUGUAUUUUAAAAAAAGUGUUAAAUUGCCAAAAGUUUUGCCAAAGAUGGUUCAGCAUGUUUUAAGUUAUCCAGACAUUUUAGUUUGUCAAAAUUUGACCUUUUCCUAAGAAGAGCAGACAUUCCCUCCUAAACAAUAUUUUGUUAAAUUCUAGGCCCCUGACCCAUGAUCUUAAUCUCUCCUAAGUACUUCUUGAGUAUAUAAUCUUUAUUAUUUGUGCUUUUUAAUGCAGAUAUUUUAUCAUUCAGUUUUUAGUCUCCUGAGACGCCUCCCUAUGUGUAGCAGGUAGAUUUGGGACUAUGUGCAGCAGCAGUCUCUUCUGGUGUUUUGUACAGAUUUGUAAAUAGUGUGCUCUUUUUUUGUCAUUUUAAGCUAAUGGUACAAUGUGGGUCUGAAUUGUUUUAAGGUCAGAGCACACACCAGACACUUGUAUUACUUAGGAAUUCUGUUUGAUGUCUCUCUCCCCAGUGGAGAGAACAGUGGCGCUCCUAAUCCCUGGGCCUGGAGGGUUCAUUCAUCUCUCUAGUUCAGCUUUAACCACUUAGUACUAGAGACAGAUGCUGAAGAUGGGCUGAAGCCGAGACAAGGAGGGGUUACUGUUGGAUAGGGAAGGGAGCCCUGUACAGUCUAUGAUGUUUAGAACCCCUGUGUGUGAUCAGUGUUACAGUGGGUUGAUCGUGUUCUGGUGCUAGAUCAGAGGUGUGACUGAGGCUUAUAAGUGUGUGUCCUCCUCCCAUCUUGUGUAUCUAUCUGCCAUCAUGUCAGCCCCUGUCAGACCAGCCCUCCAGGCCUCAGCUUUACAGCGUGUGAUGCAGGCUUAUUACAUGGGCAUUGUUCAUUCUGUUACAUUGACUUGUUUCAUGAGUUGCGAUGGGGGAAAAAAAAAGCCCUGUACUGUUGUUUUUAAUUGUAUACCUUGCUUUGUGCAAGUUGAAUAAAAGAAAAAGGUAGAAUGGCUUGUUAAAGUUGUGCCUCAUCUCCCACCAAGUCUGUCUUGACUUCUCUCUGUAAAUUAAACUAGCCUAUAGAACUGCAUUGUGUAUGACUUGAGCAUGAAAAGUUAACAUGGUUGGGUGACUGUCACCCAUAGUCAUCAUUGUCCUCUUGCUCCAGAAAACAUAACAGUAAAGAGUAGAUUAAAGACUUGGGUCACUAUUCAAUCUGUAUCGCCGAAGUGUUACAGCUAGCACGAUAAAUGUAAAGGUAA